AUGGAAGGUGAUAAGUAUGUGAAACUUCUGUUUGAAGACGAGUCUUAUACACGGUCAAGGACAUAUUUCUGGAUCCUGGGUUGCCUACCCGCCUUUGAAAAUACUAUUGGAAACGUACCAGUUUCAACAAAUACCAUCCGAGAUACUAUGAAGCACUGGGAAGUUUUUCAAGAUAGCCAUAUUACGCGAAUUCAGGAUGGCCCUGAACAUCAAGAUACUGCAGCUUGUGAAAUGGCGAAGGAUAUUGGUAUACUCAUGACCUCCCUCGACCAAAUCAAAGGCGAGUUCGGCGCAAUGCGUACACAAGUUACUCUUCUCCGCGACGGUCUCUUCAAUGCGAGCUCAGUAGUAGAGAGUCGGGCCUCCACCAGAUUAGGUGAGAAUGUAAAACUUCUCACCUACGUGAGCAUUUUCUACCUACCGCUCGCAUUUUGUGCGGCACUCUGGGCAAUUCCUAAUAUUCUUGAACUAAGCACAAAAGUUGCAUUUGUCGUCACAUCAAUUGUCGUCGGGGCGAUUACCUACGCGAUCGUCUUCAAUCUCGACAGUUUGGCUGACAAAGGGUGGAAAUUGUACAUACCCGUCAGAAUAAGAGUACUGCACCGCAUGGAGACAGGAAAUUGGGGGGAGGAGAAGGAUGAGGAAGGGAAAUUACAGAAGAUGGACAAAGUCGAGAAGAGUAAUAAGGAGGAUACCAAAUCUUCCUCGCAACCGAAAGCCGAAUCAUGGACUGAACACGCCAAGAGGUUUCAUUCUUUUGGCCCCGACAGAGACAGGGUCAAGCCCUCGGAAUGGUGGAUUCUUCUGUGA